AUGGUGAAGAUCCCGGGUUCAAGCGAAAGGAGGCAUAAGGACCGAGGGCUAUUCAUUGACAGCCUGUUCACCAAUCGCAGCGCCGAGUCGGCAGACGAGUGGCUCAAAUUCGCAGAGAACGAGGAAAACCUCCGUCGUCUGGUUGGCUUUGUGCACACCGAGUCUUGCCGCCCUGGACAUGAAUAUGUGCUGGCCAAAAUGUUAUACAAUCCAAUCCGGGGCAGCUACAACAUCAAUUGGCGGCUGGAGUACGAGGAUGGCUUCUCCGUAAUGAUUCAUGUUCCCAUCCCUAACGCCGUCGCCUUCCCUGAUGAGAAAGUCCGCGCCGAGGCCGCGGCUAUGAUGCUUAUUCGCGAGAAGACGACUAUUCCGGUGCCUAAGGUCUACUUUUGGUGCACGUCAUCUCACAAUCCCACGGGCUACGGGCCCAUCAUCGUCAUGGAAUAUAUUAAGCAUACCAACUACCUCGAAAAGGUGAUAAGUGAUGGGUUGGACACUGAACGGAGGACCGGCGCAAAGGGCGCUCCCAACGAGAAACUCCUCAAAGCGUAUCGCCAGAUGGCGAAUAUCAUGCUCCAGCUUUCCAGUAUCGAAGGCUCGGCUAUUGGCUUCCCGUCUGUUCCCAAGACCAGAACCGACAAGACGCUGGGGCCGCAGUCCCGCAUCUCCAAGGUGCGCCACCGCCCCAUAUCCCAGAGCACAAGCGACCUGAUCUUGUCAGCCGGGCUUCCGCCAAGUGUCCUUCCACCCAUCAACAAGACGUACAACACAUCGCGCGAAUAUUACCAGGCUAUGGCAGACAUGCACCUUACCCAUUUUACAUUCCAGCAUAAUGAUGCCGCGUUGAGCCUACCAGACGGCCAUGAGGCAUACGUUGCACGCCAGCUGUUCCGCAAGCUCGCAAGGGAAGGCCGCCUACACAAGGACGAGGAUGAUGACAAGAGCACGGAUACAACGCAGAAGAGCGAGAUUUUUAAGCUCUGGUGCGAUGACAUGCGGCCCACCAGCGUUUUACUCGACGACAAUGACGACGUGGUUGGUGUUGUAGAUUGGGAGAUGUCAUACUUUGCGCCAGCCUCCUUCAGCUACGACCCACCCUGGUGGCUCAUCAUAGAUAAGCCCGAGUUCUACCGAAAGGGCUUAAGUUCUUGGACCAAAGACUAUGAGCGUCACCUGCCAUUGUUCUUGAGGGCCAUGGAGAUGGAGGAAGCCGAGUUGAACAAAACUAUGGAGGGGCCACACACAUCUCUGCAUGCCGGCCCAGCACUUCUCGCUGUUGAUGAAUCGAACAAGCAGAAACCUCCGCCAAUAUCAAUGUCUAAACGCAUGGCUCAACAUUGGGAGAAUGGCCGAUUCUUUGUGGAUUAUUGCGCAAGGAGGAACUUUGGGUUUGAUCCUAUCUAUUGGCAGAUCUUGGACAAGAAAUUCUUUGGAAAGAAUAAGACUGGUCUACUGCUAAAGAGGGGCAGGCAUACGGGAAGACUGAAUCUGUUGUCCGACCAGGAGAGGGCGCAGAUGACUGUUUUGGUGAAAUGGAAGAGGGAACAUGGUGACGAGGAAAAGAUCGUGGAAUGGGGCGAGAAAGAGGCACAAGCUCUUUUGACGGCAUGUUUAGCUGGCACGCUGACUGAGAACAGCAUACCUAAGCCACGCGUGGUGCCGUGGACCAGGGUAGACCGUGAUCCUCCAUGGUCAAGUUUGACUCAAUGA